GGUUCCCAAAGGAGCAGCGGUGGAGGUGUAGCAGACACAGUCCAGUCGAGCCAACAGCCGAGAACAUGAAGUGCGCGGUGUAUGUUGCGGUGUUGGCUGCGCUGGUGGGGGGCUCGCUCCAAGCGGCCCUCAAGCUGCCAUCCUACCUCAAACCCUGCUCCAGGAGUGAUCCGAAACUCAAUGAUUGUGCUCUGAAGAAUGGAAUUGCAGCUGUACCAUCUUUGCUGAAAGGAGAUGCGAAAUAUCACAUCCCCGUCCUGGAUCCUUUCCACCUGAAGCACAUCGACAUCGCUCAAGGAACAGGUCCUGUGAAGAUAUCCUUGGCUCUUGACGACGUGGACAUCAAGGGUCUGAAGAACGUUGAAGUGAAGGCCGUCAACUUCGACGUCAAAAAGAAGGAGAUUGGCGUGGACCUGGUCGUCAAAGGUCAGGGACUGACAGUGGACUCCAAGUACAAGAUUGACGGCCAGGUCCUCAUCCUGCCAAUCACUGGGAACGGAAACGUGAACUUAAAGAUUGAAAACCCGGAAGGAUCUUUCAAGGUCAGUUACGACCUGGUCAAGAAGGAAGAUGGCAAGGAGUACAUAAAGCUGCGUGACAGCACCAUUGACUUCAGCCUGUCCAAGGCCAUCUUUGACUUCAAGAAUCUAUUCAACGGAGACAAAGCCUUGGGCGACAACAUGAACGUGUUCCUGAACGAGAACUGGCGGGAGGUGUUCACGGAGGUGAAGCCCGUGUUGUCGGAGGCCAUGCGGACGGUCAUCCUGCAGAUCCUGGACCAGGUGGUCACCACCGUGCCCUACGACCAGCUCCUGGUGGCGUGACGUCACACCAACUCAACCCCCGCCAUCCAAGUGUGACUUCCUUAAUUUAUUCGCAUCAUCAUCGCUUCCGCUUGCAGAAAAUAAACAUCUUAUUUUUUUUCAAAUGCCUGAUAUUUUCUUUCCCGUUAACCUUACUUCCCAAGCAAUUAUCAAAGUGCUAUAUUUUAUCAAUCAUUAUUCCAAACACAGAUGGCUUGUCUACAACGUAUAUACUAAAUGGUUUUAUCUACAACCACUAGCCGGUGUAACAAAAAAAAACAACGUAAGAGAGUCUUCCAGUACUUUCCAGUGCUGUGCAAUCAUCUAAUCUUGGUAACGAACAUCUUUACGUGUUCUUAUGUUGCAAAUAAUCUUAUGAUGCGCAUCUCUAGGACAUAAUAUUUAACGAAGAAUUCAUUCAAAAUAAUGCCUAGCAUGAUAAAUUUAUUAAAAAAGGAUUCGAUUUGAGGAAAAACUGUAGAAAUAGUUCCCAUUUUCGAAAUCUAGCUAUAAUUCUGUUUGACAAGAUGAUUCUACUGUUUUUUUUCUCGGGAGUUCCGAAGGCGUGGCAUGUAAAUGCCUCAAUGCUAAACCUGUGGCUUUUCCCCCUAGACAGGAAAUUUCAUUGCCUGCGUUUUUUAAACUUAUACUUCUUUUGCGCGUGUAAGGUGAAAUUUUAGUAUGCAAAAGAAAUACAAUGAAAUAACCACGCAUUACACAACGGAAAUUUAACAUGUUGAAUAUCCAAUGCGCAUGCAAGCAGAAACUGUUAUGGCCACGAACCAAAGUCGUCAAUAUAGCGAACCCACGCGUGGCAACUUGUAACACUUUCGUGUAAAUCGGGAUGAUAUUCUAAACAUAUUGGUUUGCUAAAGUAAACUGUAUGGCAGUAAAACCUUCCUGGAAUACAUUUCCUAAACAUGAAUAGUUAUAACGAGGUAGCAUCAAAAUUCAAAAAAUUCCAAUAAUUUAUCAGCCAGGAAAAUAGUUUUGGAACGAACAUAGCGCCAAACAUAUACAAAUUUUUGUUGGUUCUCUAAAGCAUUGCGAAUUCGGCGCUUUAUUUGAAGUAAUUUUCAAACUAAAAGUUGCAUUCCAAUGGAUAAAUUCAAAAAAGAAACAUUUUAAAUCACUUAUUAUUACAUUAAGUAUGUGUAUGUACUUGUUUUUGAUAAAACGACAUAAAUCAGUCUCUCAGUACUUCAUACAAUUAAAGCUUGCCUUAUUAAACUGAUUCAACAUUAAAGAUUAAACAGUGAAAAGUGCAUUACGAAAUUCGUUUUUUUUGUUCAAUAUGGUGGUGUCAAAUAUAAUAGGCUUACAGUUCAUUGUGUCUCUAUGGCUUUCAUAACGCUGCGCAAUCCCUAUAUUGAAAUUUUCGUUAAGGAUUGAAAAGGUUAUAAUGCGUAUUUUUAAGAAAAUAUUUUAUUUUAUUGACGUGACGUCUAAUAAACCGAUGAACGCCGGCUGCACGCACGAAAAAGGAUGACUUAUUGUCCCGUUACGCUAAUUGUUCAGUUACGCUCAUUGAACCCUUGCGCCGCAUCUAUCUCUCAUCCACUCGAUUGGAACAACCAUCGAUUUGACUUUUUCGAGGCACACUAAACUUUAAACACUUCCAUUCGUUUCCUACUGUUCCUAUCAUCGUCCUUUCCUUAAAAGAAUAACACAGAUUGGAAGAAGUUAAAUAGCUAACAUGUAUAAAAGUUAUAGUUAAUAUAAUAUGUUCGUUAAAGUAAAGAACAUAUUUGAAUUAAUGAGUGCAAAUAAAAGUAAAUAUAUCAAUUAAA